GCCAUCCCGUCCUGCGUUCAGAUGUUUGGAAGCAGUCUAUUGGGCUGUCCUUAAGCAUACGCGUUUAAGGCCCGAGUCCCAGUAUGCUGUUUUCCAGGGUGCGUUCACUAUACCUACUGUCGUUAGGCCAUCCCGUCCUGCGUUCAGAUGUUUGGAGGCAGUCUGUUGGGCUGUCCUUAAGCAUACGUGUUUAAGGCCCGAGUCCCAGUAUGCUAUGUUUGAAUCUGUAGUGACGGAAUAUCUUGAAAAAACGAAAAAUAAAGAUUGGGCAAUUCUUGGAAUCUUAGAAUUUGCACGAUCAAACUCGAACACCAAAUUAUCCGUAGCUACACUCAAUGAUUUCAAGGAAGAUCUAUACACAAUAUUAUCUAGCUAUAAGGAUAAAUGUAACGUUCACGUAAAUGCCAAAAACAAGGCGUCGAAGAUUUUAUCGACUUUUGACUCAACAUUUUCUACUGCCAAAGUUAAGCAAUUCAUCAAAGAUCUUGAAUAUCAUGAGGAAGCACGAGUAAAUGUCACAUCCACCUACACAGUUACGGUUUUAAAG